GUUCUAGCCAGCUUAUGCUCAUUCCCGCUUUCACUUUAUUGUUGCGGCACACCUGUAUGGCAUAGAGCUAAUGGUUGCUCCCUGCAGCUGAUAACUGAGUCGCGCUGCUGUUUACUUGAUGGCGUGAACAUGCCCUCUGCACUCCGCUCUCUCUCUUCAAUCCAAGGUAAAUCAAAGAGACUUUUUCAUGCUGAUAAUUUUCCUCGGGACCGUCCAACAACGAGUUGAGCUACCCAGGAAGAUCGACCACACCAAGUCUACAUCUCGUUCGCGAUUUGCUUAGAACUCGAACACAUGGCUGAACUCAAGAUCACUAGAGGGCACUCAUGUGGUCCAUGCCAACACCGCAAAAUAAGGUGCAACGGUCAGUCACCUUGUGCGUACUGCAUCAAGACGGGAAAAGACUGCGUCCGACUUCCACGCUCUAUUCGAACUACAAAUAACCAUACCGGUCGCACCGCUCAGGAACGGUUCCCGUCACAGAAUAGUUCAUCUACCGCCAAAGGCCAGGUCGUUGUCAGUGGUGACCAGCGCCGCUAUGUAGAAGACAAUAAGUUAUGGUCAAGUCUGGGAAACGAAAUGGCCAAGAAAGACCCAAAUCCUACCCCAAGCAGCAUACCAAUGCCAUCCAGAGUCGAGCUGCCAUCGACAAAUAUCAACCUGAUAUUUGGGCACAAAUUGGACUCUCCAUUUAUGCUGUAUCCCUCGGCUAUUCAGUCAUUUCGGCUUUGGCAGGUGUUUACCACCAACGUCCAUCCCUUAACUAAGAUACUCCACGCGCCGACAGUGCAGCAAGAGCUUAUCCAGGGGCUUUCUGAGCCGGACUCCAUACAUGGUCCGACCGAAGCCCUUAUUUUCUCGAUAUAUCUUGUUACAGUAGUCUCUUUAACCGACGAGGAAUGCCGGAGCCAGCUUGGUGAACCCCGAGAGAAGCAUUUAGCGAGGUAUUGCUAUGCAACCGAGGCAGCCUUGAGCAGAGUCGAUUUUCUGAGAUCGACAAACCUCAAAGUGCUUCAGGCGUUCACUUUUUACCUGCUGUCUUUGCGCCACCUAUGCGAUCACGACAUCUUGUGGCUCCUAACCGGGCUAGCAACUCGCAUGGGCCAAAGAAUGGGCCUUCAUCGAGAAAGCUCGCUGAAAGACCUGCCGCCAUUCGAAGCUGAGCUGAGACGGCGAGUUUGGUGGCAAAUAGUCAUUCUUGACGGGCGUACAGCGCAGCUCACAGGAGCCUCGAUGAACCCCGGCAUUCAGCUAUACGGAGACACGAAGCAACCUCUAGGUGUCAACGACGACUACCUCGUCCCCUCGAUGAGUGUGUUGCCCCGUCCAUCUCCUGUCACCACCGAGAUGGUGUUUUGCUCAGUUCGCAUUGAGAUUGGAGUAUGGAUGAUUGAGCAGAAAUGUCUUCUUGACUUUGCGACAUCGCCUGAACGGAGGAUCAAGUUUCUCAAAUCCAUUGACGAGCUUGAGAGUCAUAUCGAGGAAAAGUAUCUUCGGGCCAUCAAUAAAGAUAUUCCGUUGAACCUGUUGACGACGUACCUUGCUCGAUCUGCCGUCUGUCAACUCAGACUAUCUGUCUACCACCCCAAUCACCAGCCAGAGAGGACAUCUGAACUCGAUGGAGAGCAGAUGGAUAUGCUGCUAGAGAACAGCCUCGAGGUCAUUCGCUACGACAUCCUGUCACAUUCUACUGGCUCUCUUCAGCGCUUCCUGUGGCAUAUUGCCAACUUCUUCCCUUUCGAGACUUUUGUCCUUCUCAUCAGCGCCUUAUCGAGCCGUGCCGGUGGCCAAAUCGUCGACGUGGCCUGGCAUGUCAUCAACCAAGUCUACGAGCACCAUCCUUGCUUCAUCACGGAUUCGAACGACUCAUUGUACCGGGCACUCGGAAAUCUGACGUUGCGAGCCUGGCAGCAGAGGAUUGCAGCCUCUAGAAACGUCGGAAUGGAGUUACCAUUGGAGCCACCUUGCAUAGGCCAGCUUGCGCGCCAGCGGACGAAAAUAUCACGUAACGCACAAUCAAAGCCUCAAGUGCCGACGCCAGCAUCGCAUGGUCAAGACGUUGCGAUGCCAGGGUUCGAAGAGGAAAUGACAGAGAUGACCAAAGGGAUAGACAUGGAUUGGAACUUCUGGCAGGAGCUACUGGAUGGGAACUCUCGGGAAAGCCAGGAAUGCUUCCCUUUCUCUUCUUUCAUGAAUAAAGCUUGAACAUCAGUAUUCUCCUAUUUCGGACAUAGAAUCAUACCCAGCCCUUCGCACGGAUUGAUCUCAAUGACCGCAUAGUCAUGCAGGAGACUUUAUCGAUCAUAUGAGAUAUGCGUCGUUGCCCCAUGGCCCCGGACCCCGCACCGAUAAUCGCCCGCAUAGACUUGCCAUUUCGCACCGGGUGGAGGAGACUCCUACCGAAGGACACACACUCUG